AAUUUCAUCUUUUGCUUCAUAUUUCUUCACUACCCAUCAAUGCUUAAGAAGCUCAACAGAACCACUAGGCUCAAUCUUGGGCAUUCUAUCUCCAUCACUGCAGCAUUUAAACAAUACUCAACCCUUCCCUUAAACCCUUAUGCAAACCCCCACAGAGCCCUUAACAAAACCCCAGCUCAAGAUCCUGGUUCUCUCCCAAUACUCUCAUGUGAACUUCUCCAACCUUGUCCACAAUGUCAUUGCUUUGCCCUCUGUCCUCCUCACUGUGUGCCAAAACCUCACCAGCCCUGGCAACACAACGCCAGAGACAACUCAGUUGCUCCCUCAUUUUCUGGAUUCCGUGAGCCUCUGGUCCUGCCCAAUUUGAAAUUGAAGGUCUUGAUUGAAGCUAUGAGGAUGGGAUUGGAAAUUGUCUAUGAUGAACGUUUGGAUAAAGAGAUCCAGGAUAUGCGCCUUAAAAUGAAUCAGAAUGAUCCCAAACUUGAUUUGAAUGAGCUUGUUUCCACCUCAAAUGUCUUUUAUAAGCCGGACAAGAUAUAUGCUGUAAGGUACUUGGAUGAGUUAUUGGUAAUAACGUCAGGAUCUAAGAUUUCAAUAUUGGAUUUGAAGAACCAGAUCUUGAACUUUUUGGAGGUGAAUUUAGAUCUGAAGGUUGAUAGAGUAAAAACAGCUGUCCAUAGUGCUGUUUCAGAGAAAAUUAACUUCUUAGGGUUGGAACUACAAGCUGUUUCACCUUCAGUUUUGCAUCCCCCUAUGUCAGAGAAAGCAAUUAGAGCAAAGAAAAAGUAUCUCAGACAGAAGGAAGUUAGAGCUUUGGAAUUGAGAAAUGCCUGGGAGGGGAAUCAGAGGAAAUUAGAUAUCAGUGCCUUAUCCAACAAAGAGAAAAUUACAGACGGAAGCAAUGGAGAUGUAGCAGAUGAGUUCUAUUAUUUAUUGAAGGAAGACGUUGCUCGGAUGAAAGAAGUUGGUUUAGACUUUUUCAGAUUCUCCAUCUCUUGGUCUAGAAUUUUACCUCGGAUCCAAAAUAGUUUUAGUUGUGACUUGAAGAAGUAUGAAGCAGCUUUAAACGUCACACAAGUUUUAGUGGGUAAAAUCAGUGGCGGGAUAAAUCAAAAAGGAAUCAAUUUCUACAAUGAUCUGAUUGACUUACUCCUAUCAAAUGGAAUACAACCCUUUGUUACUUUGUUCCAUUGGGAUCUUCCACAAGCACUCGAGGAUGAGUAUGGGGGAUUCCUCAGCCCGAAAAUUGUGGACGACUUUCGCGAUUAUGCCAACCUCUGCUUCCAAGAAUUUGGCGAUAGAGUGAAACAAUGGGCGACCCUAAAUGAGCCAAAUUUAUUUUCCAAGGAAGGUUAUGCAACGGGCAAUAGUGCACCGGGUAGAUGUUCUAUCUAUAUGGGAAAUUGCUCAGAGGGAAAUUCAGCAACUGAGCCUUAUAUAGUGAUGCAUCACUUCAUUCUUUCUCAUGCAACCGCUUUACAAUUGUAUAAAGAAAAAUAUCAGGCCUUGCAAUAUGGAACAAUUGGGAUUACAGUGAAUUGUAAUUGGUAUGUGCCAAAAUUUGAUACAAUUGCAAGUAAGAGAGCUGCCGAAAGGGCUCGUGAUUUUGACUGGGGAUGGGCUAUACAUCCAGUGGUUUAUGGUGAUUAUCCCAAAAUAAUGAGAGAGAUGGUAGGGAACCGGCUGCCCAAUUUCACAAAAGAACAAUCUGAAAUGAUUAAAGGGUCAUUUAAUUUCCUUGGAGUGAACUACUAUACUACAAUGUAUGCCGAAGACUCUGGAUAUGAUACCGGUGCCAACUUGAGCUACACCACAGAUAGUCGCGUCAAUACUUCUACGGAGAAAAAUGGAAUUCCAAUUUGUGAAUCGACAAGUAUUAGCUUUCUAUACAUUUGUCCAUGGGGACUUCGAGAUAUUUUGCUAUAUAUAAAAGGAAGAUACAAAAGUCCAACUAUCAUUGUAACGGAGAACGGAAUAGGUUAUGUUGUCAACUCGUCAUCAACAAUAAGUGAUUUUAUCAACGAUAACGUGAGAAUAAAAUAUCACAGUGUCCAUCUAUCAUAUCUAUCCAAAGCAAUCAAGGAAGGAGUUGAUGUGCGGGGUUACUUCAUUUGGUCAUUUCUUGAUAACUUUGAGUGGGAUGACGGUUAUACUAUCCGAUCUGGCAUCACCUAUGUUGACUACGUUAAUGGGUUGCAACGAUAUUUCAAGAAUUCUGCUUUGUGGUUCCAUAAUUUCCUUAAAAAGGAAAACAUAGCUAGUGCUACUAACUUGUCUCUAUUAUAUUUUGAGUGAUUAUGUUGAAUGAUCAUCACUAACAUUCUAGAAGCAAGGAGAUAUUUUGCAGAAGUUAGAAAAAUCAAGAAAAAAAAGGGGAUAAAUCUAGAAUAAUGAAAACAAUUUAAGAAUAUAGUCGGUGUGUAGAAUUGUGCAAGUUGAUGUAUUUUCUUUGAAUGUUAUUUUUUUACUUGUUUUGUGUAGGAGUACCAUUUGUAGAAUUUUGUGUCUCGGAUUAUUUUAGUAAAAAUAAUUUAUCAGG